AUGCGCUUCAGACCGUCCCCGCGCCAGCUGGAUUAUUUUAUAGCCCUUGCCGAGACUCUGCAUUUUGGCAAGGCCGCAGAAAAAUGCAAUGUCUCCCAGCCCACUUUGUCCUCACAAUUCAGGCUCUUGGAAGAAAACCUGGGCGCGGGCCUGCUGGAACGCGGCAGUGGCGACAUCAGCUUGACGGCGGCUGGCGAACGCCUGUUGCCACUCGCCCGGCAGGCUCUUGAAAGUUUGGACGAAAUUGUGGUCGUUGCCCAUGCGGGCCGUGAAAAUCUCGGCGGGCUGAUCCGUCUUGGUGUGUCACCCACAUUUGGGCCAUAUUUCAUGCCUUACCUGCUGCCGAUUUUGAAGCGGAACUUUCCGGAUCUGGAGCUUUACAUCCGCGAAGACCGUCCCAAUCUGCUGGAAGAGGGAUUGGCCGCCGGGGCACUGGAUUGCAUCAUCACACCGGAUAUUGCUCCAUCGGGACAACUGACUGAGCGGGAGCUUUGUCACGAAAGCGUAUCACUCGCUGUUCCGCGCGGCCAUCCGUUCUCUGGCCUUGAAGUCGUCCCGGUCUCCCUUCUCAAGGGCGAAAAGCUCCUUUCGCUUGGUCACGGGUUCCGUUUGCACAACGAUGUGCAGGCGCUUGCCCGCGCAGCCGGUGCUGAAUUUCUGCAGGAUUACGAGGGGACGAGUCUCGAUGCAUUGCGCCAGAUGGCAUCGAUCGGAAUGGGUCUUGCACUGUUUCCGGCAGCCUAUAUUGCUUCCGAGUUUCCCAAGGAGCCGAACCUCCUUUUGAAGAAGGUCGAGGGGAUCGCCAUGCACAGGGUAAUGUAUCUCGUCUGGCGCGACGGCAGUUCCCGCGCAGCGCAUUAUGAAAAACUGCUUUCCCUUGCAUUGGAGGCGGUUAAGAGUAUGCAGGCAGAAGGUGUGGAGGCCGCGGACACCUGA